GUUACUUAACAGACUGUUGCUAGGCAACCAAAGUUUGGUGGGACAUGAAACUGCUUGUUACCCAGCAGGUUGUUGCUAGGCAACCAAAGAGCGGGUGAGUCAGUUGCUUCCACCAAUCCAGCUUUGCUAGCAAUGAGAUGGUUGGUCAGCUAGAGUCUUUCCUCUGCCUACAUCUCCCAGAAUGCUUUGCGGUUCUGGGUCAGAGUUCAGUCAAUAUUCUAAAUAUUGAAUAUUCUAUCAAUCGUAUCACCUACACAAAGUUCUCAUGUGACGUUAACUUUGUAGCCGACAGCGAUCUUGGUAGGUGUCCGUAAGUAACUGACGUGACAGUUGCUAUGACAACAGUAAACAAGCCACAAGAUUUGAACUAGCUCUCGCGCAUUACAGCUAUAGCUACAUUUUGAGUACUAUUCCCAUCUUUGUAAUGCUAAGAUAAAUACCAGAUAUUUACUGUAGUACUUACAGCAGAACUAGCUAAACUAGCUUAGCUAAUGUAGCUUUAGCCUACGUGUUUCUUACUGCAUGUUCUUACUCUGCCAGUCACCAGAACCUUCUUAUUCAAGAGUUCAGACGUCUUUUACAAAUCCGUUGAAACAUUGAUUGUAUGGAUUUCAGUUGAAGCUCCUCCAUGUUGUUCGCACUCUUCCUGUUCACUAGCUAGCUAACGUUAUCGUAGCAUGAGAUCGGAGGCAGCUCGUUCACGUCGUCUGACAUGUUUUCCUUUUCCGUCUCAUAUGGGUCGAUCCCAACAACAGCAGCCAUUUUGUUCAUGUAUCUUUCUCUCUCACAUUGGUCAACAUAUUUCCUUUUUGUUGGUCUCGGCGCCACGCUUCAUUUAUGAUUUGUGCUGCCGUUGCCUACCAAGAUGGCGUAGAUCACCUCCAGUUCAGACGUGUGGGAACGAUAUAUAGAUUUUGAUCAGCAGCCGACUCCAUCUUCAGAGCUCAACAGGAAGUGAAGGUCAUGUGGAGGUCGCGGGAAGGCUAUGAAGCCUGAUAUGGGCAUAAACAUGUUCACGGAUCCCAGAGCUGGGGAGAACCUCACGGUGCUGCCGAACCUGACCCAGCGGGCCUCGGAGAACAUCGAGCAUUACCUCAUCCACCUCUUCCUGUCCGGGUUUUACACCCUGAUUCUGUUUCCUGUCGGCCUGGUGGGGAACUUCCUGAUCCUGGUGGUCAACCUGGCCCACCGGGGCCGGCUGUCGGCGCCGGACCUGUACUUCGCCAACCUGGCGGCGGCCGACCUGAUCCUGGUGGCCGACUCCCUGAUCGAGGUGUUCAACCUGAAGAAGGGUUACUAUGACAACGCCGGCCUCUGCACCUUCAUGAACCUCUUCCAGCAGGUCAACCUGUACAGCAGCAUCUUCUUCCUCACCUGGAUGAGCUUCGACCGCUUCGCGGCGCUGACCCGAAUCGCCGCCGGCGCCGCACAUGCCUGCCGCAGCUGCUGCCUCAUCUGGGCGUUCGCGGUGCUGCUCACCUUGCUGCCGUUCGCCGUCGCCCAGGUGCAGCACUCCGGCGAGCUCAACUUCUGCUUCGCCAACGUCAGCCAGGUGCAGUGGCUGGAGGUGACGCUGGGCUUCCUGCUGCCGCUCUGCAUCCUGGCCGUGUGCUACUGGAGGAUCGCGCAGGUGCUGCGGCGCAGCCAGAGGCACCGGCCCCGCCGGCAGCGAGCGCUGCGCAUGAUCGCCGCCGCCGUGCUGGUCUUCUUCAUCUGCUGGCUGCCAGUGAACGUCUUCAUCAGCGUUCACCUCCUGAGUGGCGCCGACGCGGCGGGCGCCGACGCGGCGGGCGCCGACACGCUGUGGGAGCUUUACCCGCUGACGGGCCACGCCGUCCGGCUCGCAGCCUUCUCCAACAGCUGCCUCAACCCGCUAAUCUACGGCUUCAUGGGCGAAACGUUUCGGAAGAAGCUGAGGCUGUUACUCCAGGAGAAAAACCGCAGCGCCAAGCUGCAACGGUUUGCUUCGGAAAAACACAUUUAUGCUCCAGUCGCACCGACAUGUCAGCAUAACACAUGCGACACUUCGAGUCCCUCCACUAAGUCCAGCUCUAACGGCCUCCUGACCGAAACCACAGAGGCAAAAGACUUGUGACGUAAAGGCACUUUAAGGGACAAAAUGGAAGCAAGGACUUUAACUGAUGUAAAAACUGAGAAUUAUUUCUUUAUUUUUAAAUAAAACUCAAAGUUUCCAGAGCAAUGCUUCAUAAAACAAUCAAACAGUUGAUGGCAUCUCAAUGUGCUGAAAGUAAAACCUGCGCUGGGCACAUGUAAGCUAAUGCGCUAAUCUUUCCUUUAGCGGUAUUAACAAAAAGGACAAACAUUACAUUUUGAUCAGCACCAGGAUCAAAACCAUCAACACAAAUCAAAUCUGUUGGUCAAGGUUUGACUUUUUAUGGUUUCAAAACAACUAAAAACUUUUAGUCUUGAUUUAAAGGA